AUGUCGACUGAGCAGUAGCAGUAGCACACCUCGACCUCGCGCUACCCGCAGCGAUUUUCUCGGACUAGAGUAUUCCUCCUCCCACGCGACUAUUCUCCCGGCGGUGGCGACGUCACCGCGGUGACGUCCGGUAAGCCGGUCACCACCCCCGACGCCCCACACCUCACCCUCACGCGCACCACCCAAAGGUCCCAAACAAAUCCCGCACGUUGCUGUCCCUCUUCUUCUGCCUCCUGCGUGUGGACGGUAUCUCGCGGAAGCAUCCAAACACAAGGCGCGCCGCGGACGCGCAGGGAUAAUCCUUUUCCGGCCAGCCGCGAAAUUCCCCGAUAAGAGCAUAUUUUUCCGGCGCCUCCGCGUUCCGUUUCCCUUGCAGAUUUCCGCUGGGCUUUCUUGGAAGAGUAGAGAUUAUUUCAUGCUUCCUUCGUGACAUCUUGCCGUUUCUUUGCUUGCUUCUUUCGGCUUCUUGCCGGAGGAGGAUUUGCCCCUUUCGGAGCUCGGAUUCUUGCGCCAUGAAGUAGACGCGAGCUUCUAGAACCUUCUCCUGGUCUGGUGGUGGUUUCCCCUGCCUGCCUCCUCCCGGUCCACGCUACCUACGUACAUGGAGACGUCGACGGUGACCUACUCCUCCUCCUCGCCGCCCCCUUCGUCCUCGCCGCAGCAGCAGCAGGCGGAGCAGGCGGCCGACCUCGACGCCGUCAGCCUCGGCCGCCUCAGCGCCAACCUCGAGCGCCUCCUCGACCCGGCCUUCCUCGGCUGCGCCGACGCCGACGUCGUCCUCGCGGCCGGGGACGCCGUCGUCGGCGUCCACCGCUGCAUCCUCGCCGCCAGGAGCAACUUCUUCCUCGACCACUUCUCCUCGCUCGCCGCCGACGACAAGGAGAGGCCGCGGCUGGAGCUCGCGGACCUGGUCCCGGGCGGCCGCCACAUCGGCCGCGACGCCCUCGUGGCCGUCCUUGGCUACCUCUACACCGGCCGCCUCAGGCCCCCGCCGCGGGACGCCGCGGUCUGCGUCGACGAGCUGUGCCCGCACGAGGCCUGCCGCCCGGCGAUAGACUUCGUGGUCGAGUCCACCUACGCCGCCGCCGGCUUCCAGAUCUCCGAGCUCGUCUCGCUCUUCCAGCGUCGGCUGUCAGACUUUGUAAACAUAGCUCUGGUGGAGGACAUAGUGGCCAUUGUUCAUGUUGCGUCCACCUGCCAGCUCCAUGAGCUGCUCAGCCAGUGCAUCCAGAGGGUGGCAGGAUCCAGCGUCGACAGCCGGUACCUCGAGAAGGAGCUGCCAGACGAGGCAUUCGCCAAGGUGAAGGAGUUCCGGCGAUACUCGCUGCACGACGACUCCGACGAGUUCAUCCUGGACCCCGAGCACGCCAGGAAGGUGAGGAACAUCCACAAGGCAUUGGACUGCGACGACGUCGACCUGGUCGGCCUGCUCCUGCAGGAGUCUGGGAUCACCUUGGAUGAUGCAUUUGCCAUACACUAUGCUGCUGCCUAUUGUGAACCAAAAGUGUUGGCUGGAAUCCUGAAGCUGGUCCCUGCCGGCGACUGCGUGAACGUCAACCUGAAGAAUGACAGCGGGUACACGCCGCUGCAUUUGGCAUGCAUGAGGCGAGAGCCGCAGAUCCUUCUCUCGCUUAUCGAGAAGGGCGCGUCGGUGGUGGAGAGGACGCGGGACGGGCGCGACGCGCUUACCAUCUGCAAGAGAUUGACAACGGAGAAAGACUGCAACAAGAAGUUUGAGAAGUGUAAGGAGAGAAGCAAGGCUUACCUGUGUAUCGACAUAUUGGAGCAGGAGAUCAAGAGGAAGUCCUUCAUCUUUGAGGAGCUCCUUUCGGCGGAAGUUUCGGUCGCCACGCCUUUGCUGGUCGACAAUUUCCACAUGAGGCUCAUAAACUUGGAAAACAGAGUUGCCUUUGCAAGAAUAUUCUUCCCUUCCGAAGCCAAGCUUGUCAUGCGCAUAGCACAAGCUGACUCAACCGAAGAGUUUGCCGGUCUCACGUCAGCUAAUUUCAAUAAACUGAAGGAGGUUGACCUAAAUGAGACCCCUACAAUGCAGAACAAGAGACUGCGUGAACGCCUUGACGCCUUGACAAAGACAGUUGAGCUAGGGCGAAAGUACUUCCCGCAUUGUUCGGAUGUUCUCGACAAGUUCCUCAUCGAAGAAUCCACCGAUUUGCACUUCCUUGAAAGCGGCACUGCCGAGGACCAGUGCACCCGGAGGUCGCGCUUCUCUGAACUCAAAGAGGAUGUGAGGAAGGCCUUCAGCAAAGACAAGGCUGUUGCAGCCAUAGCCUCAUCGACGUCCUCGUAUUCACCGAGGGGCGAUGGGAAGGUUAAUAGACAUGGUCACAAGAAGGCGAGGCUGUCGCGGUGAUAAAUAUGCUCCAUGUCGCUGUAUCGGUAGGUUAACGCCGGAUUCGUGGAGCGGAGGCGCGUGAUGGGUUCCGGAUAGAAGAGGUGGGGGGGGGGAGCAAAGGUUUUGUUGACAGUUUGUAGUGUAGUGAAACCAUGUAUGUAGAUGCAACCAAAGCAAGCAUAUCGGUUCUAGUUU